AGAGCAGCUGGCGCCGGGUCUUCCAGAACGGGUUGAGCGCCAUGAGCAACAAAUGCGACGUAGUCGUGGUGGGGGGCGGCAUCUCAGGUAUGGCAGCAGCCAAACUUCUACAUCAGUCUGGCUUGAAUGUGGUUGUUCUGGAAGCCCGGGACCGUGUAGGGGGCAGGACCUAUACCAUUAGGAACCAAAAGGUUAAAUACGUGGACCUUGGAGGAUCCUAUGUUGGACCAACCCAGAAUCGUAUUUUAAGAUUAGCCAAGGAGCUAGGAUUGGAGACCUACAAAGUGAAUGAAGUACAGCGUUUAAUCCACCAUGUAAAGGGAAAAUCAUACCCCUUCAGAGGACCAUUCCCACCUGUAUGGAAUCCAAUUGCCUAUCUAGAUUAUAAUAACCUAUGGAGGACAAUGGAUGACAUGGGACGAGAGAUUCCCAGCGAUGCUCCAUGGAAGGCACCCCUUGCAGAAGAGUGGGACCACAUGACAAUGAAGGAAUUCCUGGACAAGAUCUGCUGGACCGAAUCUGCAAAGCAGCUUGCCAUUCUCUUUGUGAACCUCUGUGUCACUGCGGAGACCCAUGAAGUCUCUGCUCUCUGGUUCCUGUGGUAUGUGAAGCAGUGCGGGGGCACAACCAGGAUCAUGUCAACAACCAAUGGAGGACAGGAGAGGAAGUUUGUAGGUGGAUCUGGUCAAGUGAGUGAGCGGAUUAUGGAUCUCCUUGGGGACCGAGUGAAGCUGGAGAGGCCUGUGACCCACAUUAACCAGAAAGGAGAAAAUAUCCUUGUGGAGACCCUAAAUCAUGAGAUUUAUGAGGCUAAAUAUGUGAUUAGCGCUAUUCCUCCUACUCUGGGCAUGAAGAUUCAUUUCAGUCCUCCUCUGCCAAUGAUGAGAAACCAGCUGAUCACGCGUGUGCCUCUGGGUUCAGUCAUCAAGUGUAUAGUUUAUUAUAAAGAGCCUUUCUGGAAGAAAAAGGAUUACUGUGGAACCAUGAUUAUUGAAGGAGAGGAAGCUCCAAUAGCUUACACAUUGGAUGAUACCAAACCUGAUGGCAAUUAUGCUGCCAUAAUGGGAUUUAUCCUUGCCCAUAAGGCCAGAAAACUGGCACGUCUUACCAAAGAAGAAAGGUUGAAGAAACUUUGUGAGCUCUAUGCAAAAGUUCUGGGAUCCCAAGAAGCUCUGCAGCCUGUGCACUAUGAAGAGAAGAACUGGUGUGAGGAGCAGUACUCUGGGGGCUGCUACACGACUUAUUUCCCCCCUGGGAUCAUGACUCAAUAUGGAAGAGUUCUUCGUCAGCCUGUGGGCAGGAUUUACUUCGCAGGCACUGAGACUGCCACACAUUGGAGUGGCUACAUGGAAGGGGCUGUGGAGGCCGGGGAGAGAGCUGCUCGAGAGAUCCUGCAUGCCAUGGGGAAGAUUCCAGAGGAUGAAAUCUGGCAAUCAGAACCAGAGUCUAUGGAUGUGCCUGCACGGCCUAUUACAACAACCUUCUUGGAGAGAAAUCUUCCCUCUGUGCCAGGUCUGCUGAGACUGAUUGGAUUGACCACUAUCUGUUCCGCAACUGCGCUUUGCUUUCUGGCACACAGGAAGGGGCUACUUGUACGGGUCUGAAGAGGGAAUCUCUGUAACCACACACUUUUCUUAAACUCUUUAGUGUGUGGUAUUGGGGAAAG